AGGAUUCGUCGCUUACCCAUUCAGAAAAUGUUUAGCAAUCGAAUGAGUCAAGCAAAGUCGGAGAAUGGAGAACAGAUCGAAGCCAAUAACAGUCAAGGUGAUAUUGAGGACUCCAUUGACUCAGAUUUGGCAUUGUUGCCGCCACCACAUCGCUCCAUUGGAACGCGUCUUCAACUUCGACGUCUGUCGAGCAAACGUAGACUGAUUUUGAAGUGGCUGAUUUGUGUGUCGGCGAUUUUCUUGCUGCUGCUCCUUGUGCCGCGUCAUCAAAUGAUCCGAGAGGGGCAACCAAUUGGCGGAUCGAGAAUACUCCUCUGGAACGUUGCGAAUCCUAAGCAUUCCUAUCAAUGUCACUGCCUGGUGACCAGUGAUCGUGGCGGUGGAAUCAUAGAUGCCAUCAUCUUCGAUGCGGACAGACCCUAUUCGUUACAGGGUCUGAACAAUGUUAGACGGACCCCCAAUUUCCUCUCUGUCUUUGCAGCCAAAAAACCGCUGAGUUUAGUCAAAAAUUCGGUAUCUACGCAUGCUCAAUCUAAAUUCAACUUCACCAUGACCUAUCGCCUGGACUCGGAUUUGAUCUGGUCAGACCACUACUUCUCAUUGCGACACAAGAGUUAUAAGCGGGUGAACAAGUUUGAAGAACCAAAUGAAGACUUCAUGAUUAAUAUGUCGGUAGUGGAAGCAUCCAAGCUAAGCCUCAAGCUGGAGCUUAAACACAAGCUAGCUGUUUAUAUGAUGGACAACUUGGUGAACGACUCCACCUUGCCACCACAGACACCCAACUAUCUGCAGGAGCUGCGCCUGCACAUGGAUUUCAGUGUCAUUCACGACUGCCAUGAAAGAAUAGGAUGCAUUUCCUACAAUUUUAUGCUGAUCGUUGAGCCCAGCUACUGUCCGGACUAUGUGCAUCCGCAGUUCUAUUUGGCGCUGGCCAAUUAUGUGGUGCCUGUGCUAAUUGGUGGCACCAAUCUCAGCCAGCUUGCGCCACCCAACUCUUAUAUAAACGCCGACCAGUUCCACACACCUAAAGAUCUGGCGGCGCACUUAAUAUGGCUCUCGACGCAGCCGGAUCUAUAUGAGCAAUACUUCUGGUGGCACUCCAAGUACCAGAUCCAACUCAAUAGGCAGCCCUACUGCCACCUCUGUCGCCGUCUGCGAGAGAAUCGAGAAGUUAAUCCUGCCACUGAAUUCGUUUAUUGGUGGACUCAAUACAAGUGUCCGGUGCCCAGCAACUUUAGUGUUUAAAUAGCUAUUACAUAAAAA